UCUUGAGGCGUGCUGCUGACCACGCUGAAGCGGUGCGUGCGCGAUUUCGUUCGCAUGUGUACGGUUUAAAUGGUGAGCGAUGGUUGGAAACGCCAAUGAAGAAUUUUAACAGAAGUAAACCGAGAAAUUACGGCGGCGCAUCAUCUCGGUCAUCUCCCAGUAAUAAUGCUUUAUUUCUUAUUUUAAUUGCUUCACUCGGCAAAUUGAAAUCACGAUCCAAGUUACUGGAGUAUUAUUACUAACUUAGUCUUAGUAAGAAAUAUAUAUUAAUAAAAAUGCAACAACACAAUACGAACUGUUUUAACCACAUACGUAUACUAGUCAGAACAAGACACUGCACUUCGCACUCGCAUCUUGCGCGCGCCUGACUUAAGCGAUGACGGGCGCGCGACCCGACCGUCCUCGGCAAAAAGACGAUGGAAAAAUAUAACGGAAAAUCAUGCGCGCGUGAAUAAUUCUGCUAAUAAACCUGCGUCCAUAUUAUAACUCGUGAUUCCCCCAAACACCCGAUCAGCAUCUCUGUUCAUGGCUUCACCCGUGAUCUUUGCUCCUUAACGUUACAUAUGAUGAUAUUCUUGCCAUGAUCAUGAUCAUCAUGUAGUGUGUGUUGUUGUUGUUUUUACAUGUUUUUUGCUAUUCAUCAUGAGUUGAUAAAGUAUUUUCCAUACCAUGCUCGUGCUCUUAGGUGAGAACGGUGAGUGCACACAGCUGCAGAAUUCUGGACGGGUGUUUGUCUGGAACAUUUUGUUUUUGAGGCUUUGAAAUCCCUCCAUAAUAAAAGUUUAAUGAACUGGUAAGAUCUGAAUAAUAAAAUGGAAGAAGGAGCGAGGGCGGAUGGCAGCUCGAUGCUCUGCUACAUUUCGGCCCACGAAGGCUUCUACGGAACCAUAAAGAAUUGCACCAGCGACUUUGUGGUGACUGAAAUCGAUGUCAACGGAGAGCUGGUGAAUUCAGAAGAUUAUUUAGGGAAGAGAAGCUAUCCGCCGCCUGAGAGCAGCGCGCGGCUUUGCUGCCGUGGGCCGAAGACCGAGGACCGGAGCGGCGAUGUAGCAGCUCGCAACUGUGUGGCGGAGAGAACGUCGGGGGCGCGUGUGGACGGUCGAGACUCCGACCCAACGCUCGUGUGCGAAGAACCCCUGGACCUGGAACUGGUGUUGGGACAUUCUGUGAAUGAAGAACUGGAAGAGUUCGUCUCCAAGUCCGGGGCAGGCGAAGAACUGUCGCUGGGCACCUUUCCGGAUAAACGGCGAAGGGCCAGCCUUCACCGGGCAGUUCGCCACCAUUACCCCCAUUUAAUGACCAGAACAAACAAGAGCGAAAUCCUGGUGAAGGAGGAUCCCAAUUACAAAGAGCUCUCCUGCCUGGUUUCCCAGGAAGAGUCUGAGAACUUCUUCAGAUUUCUAGACGCCAAAGUGCCCGGCUCAGUCUUCACUUUCAAGCAAGACGACAGCAAGGAGCACAGGAAGGCGGUGCAUCAUUUCCUCAGCAAGUGCUUUGGUAAGUUGGUGGAAACCAAGAGCUUCAGCAGCAGCAAUGGCGAUGGCUCGCAGGGAACGGCGAUCACGGUGAGGUUCCGAGAGAAGAGCACGCAGACUCGGAAGAGGACAGCUGCUGACCGUGAGGAUGAAGGUGUCAGGUAUGCAGCUUUCACUCUGAGAAAAGAGAAUCUGGAAACCCUGGAAGCAAUAAGCUACAUGGCCACGUGGCUGGGUGUGCUCCCCUCAGACUUCACCUACGCUGGCAUCAAAGACAAGCGUGCGACUACCUACCAGUCCAUGGUAGUGAAGAAGGUCUCCCCUCAAAGGCUGGAGGAGAUGAGCGCCACGUUUGAGAAGAAGGGUAUUCUGCUGUCCCACAUCCGGCCCGUGCCCGAGCCCCUCAGACUGGGCGCGUUGCUGGGGAAUCACUUUGAUCUUGUUGUGAGGGAUGUGCGGGUUCACCAUGGUGAUGGCAGAUCCACCUUACAGCAGAUCGUCCUCGAGGCUUUGGACAACGUGAAGGCGAACGGCUUUGUGAAUUACUACGGGCCACAGAGAUUCGGAACCGGACAGAGCGUUCGAGCCGACCUGGUUGGACUAGCACUGCUCAAGCAUGAAAUGGAUGUGGCUGUCAGACUCUUCUUCACCCCGGAGGAAGGGGACGACCCCCAGAACGUUGCCAAGCGCCAUUUCCUGAACACCGGUAACGCCAAGGAGAGCCUGACCCUGAUGCCCGAGCACAAGGCGAGGGAGCGGCUCCUCCUGCGAGCGCUACACCGGUACGGUUCGGGGCCCGAUGGCUGCACCCGCGCUUGGCUUAGUCUCCCCCACAGCACACGCGUCUUCUACGUGCACGCCUACUGCAGCCGACUGUGGAAUGAGGGCACCACCUAUAGGCUGCAGCAGUUCGGCCAUCGCGUCGUCCAGGGAGACCUGGUGUUGGACAGCAGAGCACCGGGAGAGCGAGGGAAUGAAAGUCCACCUCAGGUGGUUCUGCCUAUGCCUGGGAACACGGUGAAGUACCCGGAGAAUGCGGUGGGCGCCUGGUACAGGGAGAGAUUGGCAUCGGAUGGCCUGCGCGACUGCCGCUUCCGAGUCACGCCGCUGAAGCUAAACGUUCCAGGUUGCUACCGGCCCGUGCUGGCUGUCCCCCGAAAUGUCACACAGGAGCUGCGCGACCUGGAGGACGACCCCGCCGCUCCCAGCCUCGCUCUCUCGUUCGACCUGGACUCCUCCUGCUACGCCACCGUCUGUCUCCGGGAAAUCAUGAAAUGUGUGGCCUAGUAUGCGCAGCAUGUUUUUAUUUAUUCUGGUUUGUAAAAAACCUGUAUGUUCUGCAGAGUGAAGUAAUUACAGAAUUGAGGGAGAAAUUACAGAAUUGCAGAAAUAAUUCACUAAGGGACACACCUUGUGUUAGCGCUCCUAGCAGUACGUAUUGCAGUACUCGACCCUCUAUGGGUGAUGUACCCAAAUACCCAACUGAUCUCUGCAUUUAAAAGAAACUGGCCAGUAGGGUGCCAAUAAACAAAAUCUUUUUUUUCAGCUCUUCUUGUUGUUCCUUUUAGUAUAAAAUGAAUAUGAGCCAAAUUUCAACAUAAUCUGAUGAUUUUUAAGAUGCUCAUUUAUGUACUUAAGAUACAUCAUACUGUCACGCAUAAUGCUGGUGUAUUGGGCAAAUUCACA